AUGAGCGUUUCAUUUUCAUACACAGCACGAUUCUUUUCUAGACAACGAGAAUUAGUUAUCUCUAAACCAAAUGCAUUGUUUGUUGAUGCAAAACAAAAAAUUAUUGAAGACAUGAAGAAUUGUAAUAUUUCUAUUGAACCAUCACAACUAGUGUUGACAGUAGGAAAUAGAGAAGUCAAUGAACUAGACCAAAUAAUACCAAACACAGUCAUUCGAGUUAGUGUUAAAGAAAUUGAAGAAAAGAAAGAAGUUCACAAAGAAAUUGCAACAACUAAAGGAGUAUAUAUUGAUAAUGUAGAACGACCAACAACACAAUUGAUAAAUACCAGACCAAAGAAACAACAACGACAAUUACCACCAGGAUAUAUUUGUAAUAGAUGUCAUAAACCAGGUCAUUAUAUUAAAGAUUGUCCUGAAAAUAAUAAUCCAGCAUUCGAUAAGAAAGAAGCAGCUGGAUUACCUAUGGAAAUGUAUGAAGAUGCUCCAGAUGAUGACCCAACAGCAAAAACAUUGAAAGAUGGGAGAAGAGUAAGAUUGAGAGAUAUGAAUGGUCAAGGUUUUAAACCAACAAUUUCAAAGAAUGAAAUGUCUGAAGAAUUUGAUAUACCUAAACUUCUUAAAUGUAAAAAAUGUGGAGGAUUAUUAACACAAGCUUGUUUCAUGAGGUGUUGUAAAAAUACUCUUUGUGAAGAAUGUUUGAAUGAAGUUCGUCAAAAAGAAACGUGUACAAUGUGUGGAAAGCAAAUAGAUAUUUCAAAAGAUAUUAUUAUUGAUAAAAAAACUCGAGAAGAAGUACAAAAAUACUUUGAUAGCAUUAAUGAAAAGAUUGGAAAACAUUUAACUGCUACAAAUGCCUUUCAAAUGAAAAAUAAAAAUUUAUCAACAAAAAACACUGAAACAAAAACAAAUCCCACAGAAGAGGAAAAUGAAUUAGCUCAUCAAAUCAAAAUCAUUGAUAUAUCUGAAUUAUUCCAAGGAAAUAAUAGAAUGGAACAACGUGGAAGAUACCAUGGUAAAGCUUUAAGUGAACUUCAUAUUGAUUGUAAUUUUAAUGGAAAAUUAAUUGGUGUUGGAGAAGAUCCUGAUGAGAUUAUUCAAAAGAGUUUUCAUCCAAAUGAAGAAGAACAUAAAAGAAGUCGAAGUCAUUCAAGAGAAAGAAAUCAACAUGAGAAAAAGAGAAGUUAAUGAUUUUUAAUAU